AUGACCACCACCCUGCCAGUCCAGACCAACAUGACCACCACACUGCCCGUCCAGACCAACAUGACCACCACGCUGCCCACCCAGACCAACAUGACCACCACAGCACCCGUCCAGACCAAUACGACCACCACACUGCCCGUCCAGACCAACAUGACCACCACAGUGCCUGUCCAGACCAACCAGACCACCACAGACCACCAAGGAUCCUGCCAUGGCCCCCCCACAGAGGACCAUUUCACAGACCACAAAGAUGGCCUUUUCACAACCCUGCAUGGCGCAGGUUUCCUCCCCGCCUGCAGGGGGCGCCAGGGCUCGUUCACAGGAGGUGAUGGUAAUAUUCGUUAUUAUGAGGUCAGUGCAGAGAAACCCUACAUUCACUUUCUAGCUGAAUAUCGUUCUCUACUCCCGCAGAGAGGCAUGGGUGUGAUGCCGAAGCGUGGGCUGGACACUAGGCAGUGUGAGAUCUUCCGGUUCUACAGGCUGGUGUGUGUAAGGGACCUGGUGGAGCCUCUGUCCUUCAUCGUGCCGCGGAAGUCUGACGGCUUCCAGGAGGAUAUUUACCCGAUGACGGCCGGCAACGAGGCGGCCAUGACGGCUCAGGAGUGGCUGACAGGUCAGAACAAAGGGCCGGUGCUGAUGUCGCUGCGGCCGAGCACUAAAGUCCAGAACCCGUACCCGGCUCCGGUGGACGUAGCUGGGCUCGAGCGCUCAGCCAGCAGCGCGUAUCUCAGCGGGCCGAACAAGCUCUUCCUUCAGGAGGUCAAUCAGAACUCAGAACACGACCUCACUGACCUGUCGGGGUGGCAGGAGGACGAGACUCAGUGGGUCAACACUCGCUCCACACACACACAGUCGAGGGUGAGGUGGUGUGAGUCGGCGGCGUUCACACCGCCUGCAGCUGAGAAGGAGCUGCUGCAGGUGUUCUACAGUCAGCAGGAGGAGAUCAGGUCACUGCGGGAACAGCUGGAGCAGAGGGACAGCAGGAUACAGCAGCUGGAGCUGGAGAUGAAGAACAUCCGCAACCAGCUCAGAGCUUCAUUCUGAUUCACAGACCUGCAGCUGGCACUGACCUGCACCCUGGGUGAGCUGACCGUAACUGGACAGCACUAAGUGCAGGAGUAAACGGGGCACAGUGAGUCUCAGCGACCAAUCAGAUCCCUUCCUGAGGUGGUCAGCGAUGCAUAUGACCAGCAGGGUUAUUAUAGUUUACUAAAACUAUAUCUAAAUU